GCCCCCGGCCGCCGAGAGCCCCCGCCGGAGCCAUGCGGGCGGCCGGGCUGCUGCUGCUGACCUGGGCACUGCUGCUGGGCACCGCUGCCAGCCAGCAGUGCCACCCCGCCGGCCCCGCCGCCGUCCUGCGCUUCACCGACCGGCACGCCGAGCUGCGGGUGCCCGCGCUGCACCGCGUGCCCAGCUCGCUGGAUCCCCUCUACGGCCUCGUCCGGCGCUGCCUGGACCUCAUCCAGCAGAACCCGCUGCCCACAGAGCUGCUCAGGACAGCGCUGAACGAGCCCGGCUCGGUGCGGACAGCGCAGGUGGUGCAGUACGAGCUGGGCUAUGUCGUCUGUGCCGCCGUGGCUCUGCUCUUCGCCGUGGCCGUGCCGGUGGCCGGGAUGUGCUUCUGCUACUGCCGGAGCCGGCGGCGGUGCGGGGGCCGCCUCCGCGCCCACCGGCGCUCGCUGGGCUGCCGCCGCCGCUGCCUGCUGGCCUGCCUGUCCCUCACCUCCCUCGUCAUGCUGGUCAGCGCCUGCUGCGCCCUGGUCAGCAGCCAGCGGGUGAAGGGGCAGAUGGAGCCGGGGCUGGGGGCCGUGCCCUCCACCCUGCGCACCCUACAGCAGCACCUGGACAACGUCCCCCAGGGCGUGCAGAUGGCGGUGGACAAGUUCGAGGUGCCCCGAAAGCAGAUCCUCUCCGACCUGGGGGGGCUCAGCCGGAGCGUGGGGCUCUCCAUCCACGCGCAGCUCAGCGCCGUGACCUACGCGGCGCUGGCGGAUCUGCAGGACAGGGCCGCAGAGCUGCAGGCCUCGCUGCAGCAUCUGCAGACGGUGCACAGCAUGGCGCGGGCGCUGGCGGCGGCGCAGGCCGAGCUGGAGCCGGCGCUGCGCGAGCGGAGGCGCGGCGCGGUCGCGCUCCUGGACGACCCUCGCUGCACCUCCUGUGCCAGCGCCCUGGGCAGGGCACAGCGCCUGCAGCUGGGCGCCGACUUCGCCAAGGUGCCGUCGGUGGAGAAGGUGUUGAAGGCGCUGGCCGGCCUGCCCCGAAGUGACUUUGCGGAGAUGAUUCGACAGGGCAAUGGCACCUUCAACUCCAUCCCGGAGCUGGCCGUGGAGAGGAUGGCGCAGCUCAUCCAGGAUCUGCGUGCCGACCUGGCCCGCACGGCGGAGAAGGUGCAGUCCAUCGCCGACAGCUUCCCGCUGCCGGACUACACGCGGCCCGCGAGCGAGGCGCUGGCGGAGGCGGAGCGGCGGAGCCGGCCGUACCUGCGGGAGGCGCGGCGCUUCGAGCGCUACAGGUGGAUCGCGGGCACGGUGCUGUGCUCCAUCAUCCUCCUCAUCCUCGCCUGCAACGUGACGGGAAUGGCCCUGGGGGCCUACGGGCUCUCCAAGCGGGAGGACCCCAGUGACUACGAGUGCCGAGGAGAAGCUGGCGCCAAGUUCCUCCUGGUCGGCGUGGCCUUGGCUUUCCUGUUCUCCUGGCUCCUCAUCCUCCUGGUUUUCGCCACCUUCCUGGUCGGGGGCAACAUCCAGACGCUGGUCUGCAGGAAUUGGGUCAACCAGGAGAUUUAUAAGUUCAUCGACACCCCCGGGAACCUCCCUCCGUCCAUGAACCUCAGCCGCCAGCUCAACCUCAGGAGGGAUUCCAACCUCAGCUCGGCGUACCGGGAGUGCAAGGGCGGCGCAGGGCUCUGGGAGGUGCUACAGCUCGACAGCUCCUACGACCUGGACGAGCACCUGAGGACCCCCAAGGUGAGGGUUGGCUCCAGGCAGAGCUGCUGCUCGGGCAGGGGGACACAGCAGCUGUACUGGGCUGACUGGGAGCCCUGCAGAACGCCCCGUCCCACCCUACAGUACACGGCUGAUCUCCAAAAACGCCUGGGAGGCUUCACAGUGAGCCUGGGGGACGUGCGGCUCCUCCGCAGCGAGGGCAGGCAGGACCUGGAGACCUUCGCCCGCAGCGGGCUGGACGAGCUGGACUACGGGCGCUUCCAGGAGGAGCUGCAAAACCCCGUGGUGCAGACCAGCCUGCCCGGCUUGGCCAGGAGCCUGGAGGGGCUGCAGAAGAUGCAGAGGAACGGCACGGUGGCCGGGCGGCUGGCAGCCGAGGCGCGGGCGCUGUGGCACAUGCAGAACUCCACGGUGCGGGCGCAGGAGGCUUUGGUGGCAAAGCUGGGGGAAAGCGUCCAGUUCCUCUCCCGCUUGGCACCGCACCUCAAGGAGCGGGUGAGGAGGACGCUGGCCACCACGGCCUCGCUGGAAGCCCGGCUGCCCCUGCAGGCCCAGCAGAUCCUGCGGCAGGAGCUCGGCUGCUUCACCAGGAAGGAGCUGCGGUAUUUCACCCAGUACCUCAACUGGGUCGGGCAGACGCUGAGGGAGGACGUGGCUUCGUGCCAGCCGCUGGCCACGGCCCUGGACAACGGGCGGGUCAUCCUGUGCGACCGCAUCGCCGAGCCCUGGAACGCCUUCUGGUUCAGCCUGGGCUGCUGCACCUUCCUCCUCAUCCCCAGCAUCAUCUUCGCCGUCAGGCUCACCAAACACUUCCGCCCCAUCCGCAACCGCCUCAUCUCCACGGGGUCAGAGGAGACCUGUCCCUUCCACAUCCCCCGUGUCACAGCGCUCAAGCUCUAGGACGGGGCUCUGCCGGGUGCGGCGCCCCAGGAGCUGCCACAAACCCAAACCCAAACCCAAACCCAAAGCCAAACCCAAACCCAAACCCAAACCCAAAGCACCAAGCGGUGCCAAAGCCCCGUGGGGCUCCGGAUCCCUCUGACGUCUCUUUCUUGGUGUCCUUUGGGGUCUGGCGUCCUUCCCGGGCGUGGGAAGUGCAGGAAUUGGGAGAUUUGGGAUCUCUGGGGGGCUCCCGGCUGAGCCCGGCUGGAAGGGGAGGCUCCGCCACCCCUCUGACACCCCACAGCCAUCCCCCACUGCCAGCACCCCCGGGCCCUGCGGGGCACAUUAAAAUCCUCCCCUAAAAA